CAAGAAAUAACAACAAUAGUCGUAAGUUGACACAAAUAAAAAUUACAUUUAUAAAAAAUAUUCAUUUAAAUUCAGCCAAUGGCGACGCGGCUUCUACCGGCCGGGCUCGUAUCGUCGCCGCUGAUUGGUUGAGACAUUCGCUUUGAACGCGAGUUCCGGCCGCCUUAAUUAGCCGAGCUGCUGCUGCUUCUUCAUCAUCGAUAAUCAUCAAUAAUCAUUAAUAAUCAUCGCCAGCCAUGAUCUAUCUACCGCUACUGGAUGAAGACCUCUCGUCUCUGCGGCGCAACGCACGCGGCUGACCUCCGUGUGAUCGCACACACACAAAGGUCAAGGCGCAGGACCUGCAAUUGCCUCCACUGCAGGAGGGUCACUUGGCCUACUCUUCCACGCCGGCCACACGUUUCUUUAAAGGAGCUCAGAGCAGGUGCCAUGAUGACAGAUCCCAUCACGUUCCCGAGCAGUGAGCCCGGCAGGAUGGGACGGAGCAACGGAAUGGCGCUCUCCGCGAGCAGCUCGUGCGGGUGGGACUCUGAAGACGACGACUUCGACUCGGCGAGCACGCGAUGCGGUCCUCCUGCGCCCAAGUGCCUGGGGAAGGACCGCAAACUCUCCCGGCGCAACAACACGCGCGGCGCCGCAUUAGCGGCGAGCCACGAUUCUGCUGCUGCCGCUGCUUCCAAAACUCCAGCCGCCGGCGCGACAGCGUGGGAGGACGGCUCGUCUUCGAGGGGCGUCGAGGAGCUGCCCGGACCGGACAUGGAGUGUGCGCGUGGUCGGAGAGCGGAGGAGUACCGGCAGAAGCCCGAAGACGCGUCGGUGAGCGCCGAGGCGAAGAAGAGGCGAGUGGCGCGAAACCCCGCCGAGGUGUCUGACCUGCCCGGCGGCUCGCCCGGCAACGUUGGUGCAGAGCACGUGGCAAGGGUCGCGACAGCUGCGGACGGGCACGAGGACGUCGCGCUGGAUGACCGGCGUCUGCAACCGGUGGGCGACCACAGCGCUGGCACCGGGAAGGCGACCGCCGAGCAUCUGGUGCAGGCGCCGUCGACCGCGGGCUUGGGAGCCGGCACGGGCGACGAGGCAGCUGCUGUUGCUCGCUCGGGCGAGCGCUCGCCCAAACCGGGCGGUGAAAAUUUGCGGGAGGCUGAGGUGUCGCGAGCGGACUCUGUCGCAAAGCAGGACGGCAUCGUCGCCUCACCGUCUGCGACCCAGGGCGCCCGCGAGGGAGUGAUCGGGGAGACUCGGCUGCCGCUGCCCGCGCCGAUUCCGCCUGAGCCGCACAGAGCGGCCGACGAUGGCGACAGCGACGGCGUGAUUGUUGUAGCCGAGUGGACGGCGGGGAAGACGGCUGCCGCCUCGGUCGCUCCGAGUACGAGCGUAGACGUCGCGGAUAAGCCGAGGCCUCGCGUCAAGGACCUGGUGUUGGAAAAUCUUCAGAAAUACAGGUGGCAGGCUCCUGAGAGAAUCCAGCUUAGUCCCGACUCAGGAGGCACGGCGUCGGUGCUCAGCGACGAACAGCUGGCGCGGGUUUUGCAACAGCAGGAGGAGGAGGAGCGGCUGUUGCUGCUCGCUCCUGGGCUUGAGUAUGCCCCCCUUGGUGAUGUGCCCUCGGGGCUCUGCUUCUGCCACGUCUGCCAGAAGGAGCUGACGCACAUGAACAGCGUGCGCAGACAGCAGCACAUCAACAGGUGUUUAGACGAUCAGGAACAGUUGGGCCCGGGCCAGGCGCCGGCCUCCGCUGGUGGCGCCGGUGUAGCCGCUGCAGCGGGUGCGGCGGUGCCCGAGUGCCCCAUUUGCGGGCGCCAUUUCCAGACGGAGAAGGCACGCGCCGGCCACCUCAAGCGCUGCGCACGCGAGCUGCACGUGGCGUCGCGCGACCUGGUACUUGCUGUGCAGCGCCAGCAAGCGCAGGCCGGCACGGCGGCACCGCCUGCCAUCGCCACCGCCGCCGCCGGCAGAGCCUUGGGAGCCGCCCCCAGGCGCAAGAAGGACAAGACCAGAGGCUCCACGGCGGUGCGAGGAAGGGGUGGCGGGGGGGGCUUGCCUUCGGAGCGGCCGCCCCCCACGGACGAGGAAGAACAAAUGAGGGUUGCUCUGGCGAUGUCGGCCUCCCUGAUGGAACUCGAGGAGAGGGCCCCUCCUCGGAGCACGGGGCUGCUGCAACCCAAGCCUCUUCGCGACAAAGCCGCACCCAAGAAGGUCCGCCGGAAGAAGAACGCCGACGCCGCGUCGGCCCUGCUGCAGGCCGAUCCCGCCGCCACCGUGCGCCGACUGACAGAAAAGAUGGCCGUGCUGCUGGUGCCGGACACGGAGCUGGAGCAAGAAGUGGCGUCACGUCGCACCCCGCCACUGCCACCCAGCCGCCUGCUGCUGCCCUCGCCUGCGUCGUCAUCGGUGCCAGCGCCGCCACCGUGGUGUGGUUCCGUGGCAACGGCGCUGCUGUGGAAACGCAGCGCGCUGCUCACCGCCGACUUGCAGGGAGAGGCGCCGUUUCUCUGCCCGGCCCUGGUGCCGCCACUGUCGCCGGGCGGACCGGUACCAACCGGGGAAGCCCAGAAACAGCUGUCUUUCUCCGACACCAUCACUGAUGCGCCAGCGAACCCGGUCGGAGACCGAGUCUCCCUGCGGCAAACACCGCAGGAUUCCUCGCUAAGAAACUCCCAGCCGGGAUUGGCCGAAGGGAGUGUGGGUGGCUGCGCUGGCGAUGUUAGUCGUGGAGGAGGUGGCUGUGGCAUUGGUGGCACGGGUGGUGGUGGCGGCUCGUCAGCCUCCGAAUUGGGCCGCUCAGGAGAGUGGCAGCAGGAGGAGGUGUCGGGCAGUCAAACGCUGCUGGCGCUGGUGGAGUUGGCCAGGGAGGGGUUGCCCCUCACUCAGUUCAUGCAGGACUUGGGCGAGCCGAUACUGCCUUCGUGCACAGGAGCCAUAGAGGAGAUGAGUGGUUUCCUGCCCGAGACGGAGCCCUGCGUCUCACCGUGUUCGUCAGAGCUCCACGGUGCAGGCCCAGCCCAGCACAGCUCCGCGGGACCCAGCCUGUUGGCCGCCAGGCUGGUGGCUGAUCUGUCGGAGAUGGUGAACAACCCCCACAUGAGCGACGUGCAGCUGCAGGUGGACACCGGGGAGCUGGCGUACGCACACAUGUUCAUGCUCUACGCUCGUUGCCCUGCGCUGAUGCAGCAGGUGUUCACCGAGGGCUUCGACGCCGUUUGUGAGCGCGGGGAGGCCCAGGGCCGGCGUGUGAUCGUGCACGACGCCUCGCUGGACGCCGUGCUCGCCCUGCUGCACUUCGUGUACACGGGGAGCCUGCACGUGGCGCCCAGCGCGUUGUCGGAGACGCGGGCGCUCGCCGACAGGUUCGAGCUGAGCGACCUGCUUAGCGCGUGCGCGUCGCCGCCCGUCGGCGGUGAUGGCGCGUCGCCGCCCGUCAGCGGUGGAGGGGGUGUGUCGCCGCGGCCGUCGUACUCGGGGGCGGCGCGGGAGGGCGACGCGGCCAUACGGGAGCUGCUGCGCUCGCUCUGGGAGCACGAGGAAGAGGAGGAGGAGGAGGACGGCGGAAGGGACGGGGAGGCCGUCAAGGCGCGCAGGCACGACGACGACGACGACGGCGACGGCGGCGGCGGCGACGACGACGACGGUAUCGGCGACAGCGACCUGGACGAGGUGUACGAGUUCGUGGCCACGCAGCGGCGUGCAUGCGGUGGCCGCCACCGCGGCUCGGCCGACGCGGCGAGCGAACGACUCGGCUCCAACAGCGACAGCGCGAGCGGUCUCGACGGCGAGGAGGAGGCGGCGGCGGCGGCCGCGGCGUCCGUCAAGGAUAGAGUGUCGGACGCGAGCGCCGCUCGGUCGCCCCGCGCCAACGACACCUUCGCCGGGGGCAGCUCAAGCGAGGCGGGGACGGUGGCCGGGGCGGCGGUCGCGUCGGCCUCGUCGGGCCCCGACGACUCGUACGAGCGGAUGUUCACGGAAGAAGACGCGAGCAGCGAGUACGUGGAGCCGUCGCCGGUGACGCCGUCCGCUCGCAGGCCUCUGCCACGGGCGUUCGAUGUUUGCGAGCGCGCCGCCUCUACGCGGCCUCGCCCCGGGACGCUCGGCGAGGGUUGCGACGACCCCUUGUCGCGCUCCCCCUACCGGUUCGGCCCCGCGGCGUCAAGUCCGUUCAGAAUGAAAAAACGCUCGCCGGGUCGGCGGCGGCCGACGAUCGGCGUCGACCCCCAUUUGCAAUAUUCACUCUGCGAGGCUGAGCACUCUCACUUUGAUCGCUCGCCCGUCCCUCGUCAUCCGUCGCCCGCCUCGGUACCGCCUUCGCCGCAACGUCCAUCGCCCGUGAGGCAGUCGCCCGGAGUAGCUAUUCCACAUCCGGUAACGCCUCCGUGCUUGACAGCGCUUUCACCAGGUUCCCCCGCUCUACUCGCGACGCCGUCCGCAAACGACACCGUGCCGACGAGCUCGCCCCACGCAACAUCCAACCACCCGUCCCCCGGCCGCGCCGGCCGGUCCAUUGCCAGGGCUCUGCGCAAGCAGCAGCGCCAUCUCGCGAGCGAGUUUGAUGCUCUGCUGUGCGCCGGCGGCGAGGACGGGCCGGUUCAUACUCGAGCGGACGAGGGCGGCGCCGUGACCCCGGAGCCGUCGUCAAAAUUUCAAGCAACAUCCUCCAUCGGCUCUUCCGUGUCGGAGACGUCGUCGGUGAACUUGCGGCUGUCCACCGACAGCGAGAUUGGCAGCGGCGAGGUCUCCUGGCUGAUCCCCGGUACGCCCGGAGCGGCUUCCAGGUCCUGCGGCUUUCAGACGUUGCAGUCAUGCCUCCUCCCCGGUGCUCGCGGGGCGUCCUCCCCCGGCCCCGACCACGGCCACGGCCACGCGCUCAUCGACCUGACGCUUUCCCCGCACGAGGGCAGCAGCUACGCCUCGUUGUUCAGCGGGGGGAGCUCCGCGAGAGACUCGGGGGGCGCCCGCCGUCGAGAUGAGGGGACGGGCGCCGCUCCCUGUCCGAUCCUAGAUGCCGACGAUGCGCCCGAGUCGGCCGUCAUCGUGUUGGACGACUCCCUUGAGAGGAGCCCCACGGGCGAAUUCCUUCUGCCCACGCUGACCGCGCCGGUCCGAGACGACCGUGUCAUCAGCCUCGCCGAGAUCGGGCGGGGCUCUCCGGAACGUUGCUCGCUCGGGUACGACCCGCGUCCGGACUCGCGCGACCUCGGCACGGGACGUGCGCGCGUGUCCACGUCUGCGGCAGGCGACUCGGGCGGAGAACUGUCGGGUCGUUUUCCCGCCACGCCCGACGAGCUGCCGCAGCGGACGCCCCAGCGUGACGGCGUGCCGCUGACCUCCGGUUCGGCAGCCUCCCCGUGGCAGUCGGGGUGCUUUGCCCGCAUGGAGCUGAGUCUCAGAGAGCGGCUGCUGAGCAGGCUCGCGGCUCCAAGCUUUCACACCCAGGAUUACGACGAGGAUCGUCUCGUGCGGACGCAGUGCGCCGCCGCCGCCGCUGAUGAUGGCACCGCCGCCGCCGCCAGAGAGGAACCCGCCGCGUCGCCGCCCGCCCCGGACAUCGCCUUCGACAGCUGGAACCCCGGGGAGGAGCAGCUGUGUGGUCUGGGCCUCGGCUCGCCCGACUCGCUCGCUGGGGCCACCACCCCAGUCCACGAGGCGAGGGGCGCUGGCAGGCAGCUCCAAGCGGGGUCGGCCACCCCAAUGCCCUGCUACUCCGACAUGGAGACACCCCACCUGAAAAAGGAGCUGAACAGGUUUGGCGUACGCGCGCUGCCCAAGCGCAAGAUGGUGCUAAAGCUCAAGGAAAUCUACCACUACACACACCCGGGCCAGGACCCCAACCUAGACCCUGGGGAUCGGCGGGCCGGCGCGGCGGCCGCGGUGGCGGCGGCACAGAAGAGGCCGCGGGGGAGAGGUCGCCCGCCGCGCUCGGGGCAGCCCGCGCCCACGCUCCCUCGCCCGCCGGUGGGGGGCAGCACCAGCGAAGAGACGGCCGCGUCGUCCGACGCGGAACGGCAGCUCCAGAACCAGUCGCAGGAGAGCACGAGGUCGUCACGCGUGUCCUCAUCGCACACGGGCGAGGACUCGGACAGCUCUGGCAGGGAGGAAUUCGCAGACCCGACGUUUCUCCUGGAGGAGGGCGUUAGCGGUGACGACGAGGAAGACGGCGGCGUAACGGCCUCCCAGCAUGCCCUGCGCGCCGAGGAGAGGGAGGCGGCCGUUCUGGCGUUCAUCCGUUCUCGUCCCGAACUGCACCGCGCCAUGCUCCUCUACCGGCCCUUCGAGCUCUCCGAGCUGCAGUGCCAGAUGCGCCAGGCUGGCCUGCGCGUGCCGGCCGCCGCGCUGCUCGACAUCCUCGACGCGCUGUGCGUGACGUUCACCAUGGCCGGCGCACGCCGCUCCAAGCAGUCGGGCCGGGCUAAGAGGGGCGGCAGAGGCGGCGGUGCCGGCCGUGGCAGCCCCGGGAAGCGCGGCAAAAGGAAAGCCAGCGUGACGUCCCCCCGAAAGGCGAAAAGGAAAAAGAAGGAUGCGCCGAUUUGAUCUCGGCUUUCCACAUGGGUCUGUGGGUGAGAAGCUCCCAGCAUGUGGAGCGGAACGUCACACGCCAUGCCGAACAGCGAGCAGCACAACCCAAAAACACAUCGGAGAGCUGUACGGCACAAUCGCAAUGACCUACGCAGGAGCAAUGUUGAGGCUGUCGGUAUAUUUCAAAGCCCAGCCGUUUGCCACUCGGUUUUUAAAAACCUGCUACGAUAUCAUGGUGGAUAAUGCCUGGACUCCAGGGUCUUUCGAGGCAACAGUUGAUGAAUCAUGUCGGUCUGAGAAACUCCCAAACCUUCUGACAUUUGAGGUGGGCAGCAAGCGUGUUGUGAACACGUCCCCGCAGAAGGGAAAUAAUAAAAUAAUAAAAAAUUAACAAUAAAAUAAUUCUCACGACGUUUCGGCCACAACGCAAGCAGCCGAAUUUAGCUAAAUUCCUCUUGAUA